AUGUGCAAGAAAGACUCCAUGGUUUUUGAGAUUGGCAUCUCCUUCGUGGUGCUGCACUACCAAUCCAUCUUUAUUGGCGUCAUGCGUUGCCUGUUUCAGGCUUUCCGCCCGUUGCUGAUCCUCUUCAUCUUCGGACAAAUCAUUAAGGCAGUCUUCUUCAUUGCGGGUGCGCCGAUUUGGAUGUCGUUCUAUUCCAUCUGGCUUUUCGAGGUGACGUACGGGCUGGCUCAGUGUGCGAUUUCCUUCAUCUUCAUCAGCUUCUUCUACAACAACCUCUCCUUUGCUCGCAUGCGCCCAGCCUUGAGCCAGAUGCUCCGAAAUCAGAAGGACAAGCUGGCGCGCGCGGCGCGCGCUCUGCUGUGA